AUGAAAAGAUCGGCAAGUCCGACCUCCACGGCGCCCGAGGACGAACAGCCUCGAAAAUGGCGUCUUUUCCGUGCAAUUUCGGCCAUCAAAGACGCCUUCACGGUGAAAAAAGAGCCUCUUUUCCCGCAGAUACCAGCAAACACCAACAACAUCGAAGAAACGCUUCCCACCAAAUUUGUGUCACGCAAGCGCCAAAACUCCGUCAUCGAAAGCUUGCGUCACGCCAGUCAAUCGGUGCCUCGUGGCUCAAUCAGCGCCCAAUCGUACCCUAGAUAUGAAUCUGUAAGCAACUCUCUUCAAACGGAACAUCAGGCCAUCAAUGGUGAUGCCAUGUUCAAUGGAGAAGAUGGCAGUGUGAUAAUAAAGGAGGUUUCGCCCAGCAUUUAUGUUCCCAAGAAUAGAAUUCUACCGAUGAACGAUAUGGACAUGGAGAUGCAGCUCUACGGUGAUCUGCCUCUUCCUGAAGAACAGGAGUUUGCGCCCGUGUAUUGCGACGACGAAGGGAAUCUUGUAAGACCGCCGUUUAUUAAUUAUGACCCGCGUGAACGAUACCAGAUGCUCAAAUUGAAGAAGUCGGUUGAGGCAUCGGAACACCUCCGCAAUACCAUGAAAUACAUGGUUGAUCCGGAUGAGACCAUUUCGAUAACUAGACCCGAUAACAAGGUCGACUGCUCGACCCAGACCCACACACAAGACUUUCUUGAUAAGUCGUUGCACUUCACCGCCUUGCGCAAGAAGUUGGCCCUUCGCAAUAGAAGACAUAGGAAUGUUGCAGGUAGCAAACGUCUUUUCAGCGGUAAUUUCUCCUAUGAUCCCGUAGUCUCAAAAGCCGCGCCAGACCAGAAUUCCAGCUUAAAGGGCUUAUUGGGUGACCUUAGCCAGCCCAAGUUUGCAUCCACACCUAAGGUCGUGCAAAGGAAACUUCUCCCUGACGAAGACCUCAAGCCUGAAAUCAAAAUCAAGAGUCAUGUUUCGGAUCGCAUUGGCUUGGAAGAUGCUCUCCGCUCUGGAAAAGCGAGAGCUGCUUCUACUGCCACAAGCUCCGAGUCUUCGCAAGCUCCAGCUAUCUCAAGCAUUAUUCAGGUGAAGACUGUUCCGCUGCCAGUGAAAAAUUCGACACUAGGACCAAGUUCCGCUUUCAAGUUCAAUGUCGAUGAGAGCUCCAUUGCCCCUAUAAUCGGCAACGCUACAGUCCCCGCCACUCAAACUGGCUCUAAUAUUUCUGCACCCGCCGCUUCUACGAGCCUGAUUUCUUUCAAAACACAACCUACCCUUUUCUCUCUGAGUACUCCAGACGAAGAUGAUAAUGCUCGUGUGAAGAAAAAGUCCAGGUCAGGAGCCGGAAGUGAAGUCCCUGAAUCAUCCAACGACUCUGCUGGACCACAAACAACUACCGGUGCAUCUCUGGUAUCAGGUUCUUUGCCCUUGUUCGGAAGCCAAUCUACAGAUAAAAAGUCUGCUCCGUCUUUUUCGUUUGGUCUGUCUAUACCUAAGGCGCCACUGGACAAAAAUGAAGGGAAAUUCUCUUUCGGCGGCUCUAAUACAACACUUGAGUCCAAAGAAGGUCCAAAAUUUUCUUUUGGUGCCACUACCGCUGACUCCGACAAGAAGGAUAUACCGAAGUUCUCGUUUGGCUCAACAACUGCUACGUCUGAAGAGAAUAAGGCCCUUCCAAAGUUUUCAUUUGGCAAUACAAGUUCAGAUAGCAGAAAACAAGAAGAAAAAUCCCUGGGUUUAUUUGGCUCGACAUCGACUUCGUCUCUGGAUAAGAAUGAACCUCCCAAAUUCACAUUUGGUGCCUCGAAUUCUACACAAACUAGUUUAGAAGCGAAGCCCUCUUCUUCGAUCACAACCACUCCAAAGCCAGCAUUCAGUCUCUCGAAUGUACCAUCUAAAGAGACUUCAAAUGCUGAGUCUGGCCCUGAGCAGUCUUCUUUAGCGCCGAAAACACAAGACGCUCUGUCAUUAUUUGGUGCUAAACCAGCUACCUCGCUGGUACCAUCCUUCUCUUUUGGUUCUGCAAAAGACUCUCAAAAGAAUGAUGAAGUUUCAUUCGCAGGGUUUGGCAAAUCGCCGGCUGUUAAAGAAUCCGAGACCUUGCCGGCCUCUGCAUCAAAAACCCCAACAUUCUCCUUUGGUGGAGUUGAUACGGCCAAAGCACCAGCAUCCUCUCUUUUUGGCACCACGCCUGACUCGGCGAAACCCGCUCUCUUCGGGACUAAAACCGAUGAUAAGCCUAAGGAGGGGGACUCUAAUGUUGUCAAAGUUCCAAUCAAUUUUGGAAGUGUUGCAACACCUGAAGCUGCAAAAACAGCCCCACUGUUUUCAUUUGGUCAACCUAUUAAAGCCAGCACAGAAUCUUCUAGUGACCCUGUGAACGCUAGCAAAAAACGAGAAUACUCAGCCGAACCUGAGCAUGCUAGCAAAAAACGAGAACCAUCCUUCCUGUUUAACAAUCUGGCCAACUCAGGCGCGCCCAAGGCUUCAUUUUUCGGUAGUACCCCUCAGAACUCUGAGAACAAGACAUUUUCUUUUGGCGGCUCAUCCGCUGCAGAUUCCAUCAAGAAGAACUCCUCGUUGGCUCUGUUUGGCAACUCUGCCCCAGCUCAAUUGGCCUCUAAUUUGAAGCAAUCUAAUUCAUUUUCUGGAACGACUGCAAACCCAGUGGUUCCCAAAACGGCUCCGGUAUUUGGUCAAAAUCAAGAUUCGGCCAGCAAACCUACGUUUAGUUUCGGCGCCAAUACUACCGCAGAUCCAGCGUCUAUAUUUGGUGGCGGCGCGAGUGCACCAGCUCCAGCAUUUAACUUUUCUGUAGGAGGCAUUAAGCAAGACCAAAUACCCUCUACUACCCCUAGUUUCGGUCAAGCUUCUGCUAACCAGAAACCAGGAGGAUUCAGCUUCAGUAGCAAGGCAAUGGGAGGCUUCGGUGCCAACACUGCUCUGCCGCCGGCAACUGGAUUCGCCACACAACAACCAGGUGCACAAGCGCCAGGAAACAACUUUGGCUUUGGUGGUGCAUCCAACCCAGUCGGCGGUUUUGGUGGCGCAUCGAGAAGUGUUACACCUAGCGCCGGCGGUGGAUUUGGCUCUGUAAACUCAGCUGGUAACAUGUCACAAAAUGGAGGCUCGUUUGGGUUUGGCAAUGCCACUCCGCAGCCGCCAGCCUUUGGAAACACGAUUCUGCAGCCAUCGGCCUUUGGAAACAAUACACCACAGCCAACCGGUGCUUUUGGGAACAACACUCCCCAACCAGCUGGCUUCGGCAAUGUCGGACCACAAGGCGGCAUGGGUUUCGGUGGGCCUGUCGGAGGCUCACCAUUCGGUGCCAAUGGCAAUAAUUUUGCACCCGGAAGUAAAGAGGGCACACCCGUAUUUGGAGGGCCUCCAGGAGACAUGAAUGCUGGUAUGAACAACCCCAUCAACAACCUAAGUGGACGUAAAAUCGCCCAGAUGCGUCAAAGAAGACGAUAA